AUGCCCUCGCCUCUGACGGUGACAUUUGUCCAGGCAACGGCUCUCAACGCCAUUGCCAAUGUCCUCGCCCAACUAAUCGACCAGCGCAACAACAAAGGUCCCUUCACUCUAAAUGGACUUGCACUGGUUCAAUUUCUCAUCUAUGGCCUGAUCAUUGUACCCCCUAAUUUCUACUGGCAACGCGUCCUUGAGGCGCGAUAUCCGGGGUUCCCCUCGCGCGCCGAGUACGCCAAUUUAUUCAGCCUUCGCACGCUGAAAUCCAUCUUUUCCCCGCGCGUAUGGAUAUCCCUCUUCUCAAAGGAUGAAUCCCUACCUAGUCACACAGACAAGGUCAAAGAGAAAGAUGUCCGGACACCACCGUCAGGAUUACGCUGCCUAGCCAUGAAACUCCUCCUCGAUCAAACCCUGACAUCAGUAGCGAAUAUCAUUUUAUUCGUGGCUCUGAUUAAUCUUCUUAAAGGCGAGAGUUUGUCUAAAGCCUGGGGAUUGGUGGUUGUGGACUUCAAACCCAUUAUGGGUGCCCGUCUUCGGUAUCGGCCUAUUGUCUCGGUCUUGAUGUAUACGGUCAUUCCGGUGGAUCGCCGGGUUGUGUUUGGAAGCGCUUGUGGGGUCAUCUGGGGUGUGUAUUUGAGUUUAUAUGCGGCUGUCUAG